GAUUGGGGACCCGGCGGCGGCUCCGCGGGGGAUCAGCGAGGCUGGCGCAGCGCCGAGGCCGGGGCCCUGGGGCCCCGCCAUCCGCGCCACGGAAUCCCCGAGGUAAUAGAUGGGAGGGAAGGUGAGGCACGCCCUAAUCCCCUAAAGGAGUGAAGGGCUGGGGAUCAGGCUCUUGAGUCCCUGAGGGGCCCAGCUGGAGCAUCAAAGUCCCGGGUCCUGAGAGUCAGGGUACCCGGUGUCUGGAGGGGACAGGGUGCUUAGAAUCCUGGGGGCGUUUAAUAGUGGACGUGGCAGGGAUCCUGGACUCCUUGGUCCUGGGGGAGUAGAAGAAUGGGGAUCUGGACUCCUGGGUGCUGGAGGUGAAAGUGCUGGGGACCCCUAUUUCUGGGUCCCGGGGAGGAGGGGGCUGGCGGACCGGACUCUUGCCUUUAGAAGGAGGAGUUGGGUUACGGAAUCCUUGGGGGCGUGGUUGUUUGAAGUCAGUCACUGAUCUCUGUGGCGAAGGUCAAGUGCCUGAUCGCAGGGGUCCACGCUGGCUGCACCCUGGCCCCGGGACUUUCAGGGUCCCUUGGGCUGGGCAGGAAUUUCCCGUGCGCGGGGAUUCCGUGAGCGCCAUGCUUGGCCGCGCGCCCCGCCUCCGGGCCGGACACCUGGGGACCAGAAGGGAAACGGAGGGGCGGGUAUGGAAGAUUCCUUUGCGUGAGCACUGUGACGUCAGCGCGUCGCGUCGGGGCUGUUUCCGAGACUGCCCCACCCCGCUUAACCCUUUCUUCGCCGGAGCCCUGGCUCGGAGGGCGAGGAUUGGGAACCCAGACUUCCUGGGUCGAGGGGAGACCGGCUUGGGAACCGGACCCAGGUCCUAGAGAGGAGGGAACUGAGGACCUGGAUUGCUGGGUCCUGGGUGCUGUGCUCCCGGACUCUUGAGUCUGAGGGAUGGGGGCCUGGACUCUUGGGUCUGAAGGAGGAAGGGACUGGGGGCCUCGACCUCUAGAUCCUUUCUGGCUAGGGGACUGUUGGCUCUUGGUUUCUCUGGGAGGGAGACUGGGAACUCGGAUGCCUGGUUUCCCAGGGAGCCAUCAGCUUCUGGGACAGAGCUGUUGGGUACCUGGAUAUACGUUUUCAGGGAGACAUGCCUGGGGACCCCCGAGGUCUCAGGACUGGUAGAUUUGGGGUAGUGUUUUUUUUACGGAAAUGACGAGGAGUACAGAGGGGCGCCCUCCCCCUCCCCCUCCCCGUCUUCUCUUCGUUUCCACGACGCUGGUGGAAAGUUGGGUCGGGGGAAAGUGAGGAGCAAAGAGAAGGAAACGGCGGAGGCGGGUGCCGCACCCAUCAUCCUCGACUGGCUUUGGCGCUCCAGGCGGCCUAAAUGUGCCAGUUUUUCCGCGAGGGAGGGCGCUCGAAUUCACUCCCCCGAAUUCACUUGAGUGACUUGAGGACCUUGAUGACUUCCCUGGCCCCCCCCAACCCCCGCAGUGAGCCGGAGUGAGCGCAGCCACUGCCCAUCACAGACGGUGAAGAAGCUCCUGGAAGAGCAGAGGCGCCGCCAGCAGCAGCCUGACGCCGGUGGGGCCCCGGGACAGUUCCUGGCUCCCCCGGUCCAGCCCCUGACCCCGUCUGCGAAUGAGGGUGAGGCUGGUAAGUCUGGAAACUAAGCUGGUUCCCUCAAAUUCCAGCCCCAGCCCCCCUCAGGAAUUCAAACAUACCAACACUUCGAGCUUUGGGGAACCUAGGAGUCAGGCCCCCAUUCUCGCUGGGACACCACAGUUUGAUUCCUUAGAUUCUCUCGGGUCCAGUAAUCUGCAUACUCAGUCCUUCCCUUCGGUGGCCCAGGAGUCCAGGCCCCAGCCCCUCAGCACCUUGGGUGCCUCGAAGCCCUCAACAGGUCCUCCAGCUCUGACCCAUGACUUUUCCAAGCCCACUAACUAGGCCUGCCCCUGCCUCUCCUGUCACACGCAGGCCAUAGCCACUUCCUAGUGCCUCAGGAGACUGUGAGUUCUGGACUUGGCGGCCUGGCCCCCUCCACAGGCCUUCCAGACUGGGACCCCAACACGCACGCUGUGUACACCGACAGCUCCUACUCUUACCCCGCUUCUGCUGCUGAAGGUUUCCCGACUUCCAGCUUCUACCCACCCUCGGACCCAGGGCAGCUGUGCCCAUUUCCCCAAGGGAUGGAGGUAAGAUACAGAGUGGGGACGUGGGGGCAAGGUGCAAAAGGGCUGCUAACCAUGGAUACUGCCUCUUUUCAGCAUUCUGAGGUGUCCAGGGCUGGGUUAAGAUCCCAUUCCUCAGAAGGAUAAAAUUGAGGCCCAAAGAUCCAAAGUCACUUGGCACAGAUGGGACAUCUAGCCACUCAGUCAGGGGCUCUGUCCCUGUCCCUGACUCUGUUCAUGCGUGUGUGCGUGCACGUGCGCGUGUGUGUGUGGUGGAGGAAUGGCAGUUUGGGAAGGAGGAAACCAGCUGACUGGCUUUCCCCGCACCUGUGUCCUUCAGGACCCCCUGGAUACCCGACUCUAUGCAGAACCUUCCCUGACACAGGCAGAAUCCUGGAGAGUUUCUGGACUCCUCUCAGGACCCCCACAGUUGCCGCCUGUGGUCCAGGGACCAUCCCUGGACACAGCCCGUGCUCACAUGCUGGCCUUGGGGCCACAACAGCUGCUGGCCCAGGAUGAGGAGGGGGACACGCUCCUGCACCUGUUUGCGGCUCGGGGGCUGCGCUGGGCAGCGUAUGCUGCGGCCGAGGUGCUCCAGGCGUGCAGACAUCUGGACAUCCGUGAACAUAAGGGCAAGACGCCUCUUCUGGUGGCUGCUGCCGCCAACCAGCCUCUGAUUGUGGAGGAUCUGCUGAACCUGGGAGCGGAACCCAAUGCCACUGACCACCAGGGCCGUUCUGUCUUGCACGUGGCUGCUACCUACGGGCUCCCGGGAGUCCUCUCGGCUGUGUUUAACUCUGGGGUCCGAGUUAACCUGGAAGCCAGAGACUUUGAGGGCCUCACCCCACUCCACACAGCCAUCCUGUCCCUCAAUAUCGCCAUGCGCCCACCCGACCUGUGCCCCCGGGUGCUGAGUGCCCAGGCCCGAGACAGACUGGCCUGCGUCCAAAUGUUGCUGCAUGUGGGUGCUGACCACACCAGCCAGGAGAUCAAAAGCAACAAGACAGUCCUGCACUUGGCGGUGCAGGCCGCCAACCCUACCUUGGUUCAGCUGCUGCUGGAGUUGCCGCGGGGAGACCUGCGGGCCUUCGUCAACAUGAAGGCCCAUGGGAACACUGCCCUCCACAUGGCAGCUGCCCUGCCCCCUGGACCUCCCCAGGAGGCCAUUGUGCGGCGCCUGCUGGCAGCUGGAGCGGACCCGACAUUGCGCAACCUGGAGAACGAACAGCCUGUUCACCUGCUGCGGCCAGGGCCAGGCCCUGAAGCGCUCCGGCAGCUGCUGAAGAGGAGCCGUGUGGCACCCCCAGCCCUGUCCUCUUAGGACUCGAACCCAGACCUGGACUGAUUUUCCAGUCCCCUCCGUCCCGUGGGACAGCCAGCGUAUGCUAAUGUUGCAAAUCCAUGAUAAUGUAUGGGGGAUAUCCUGCCAUCCAGGGUCUUACAUUAAAACCCCAGAAUGGCUGCUGGGGGCAAACAGUCCCCAGUAUUUGGGGUGGUGUGAUACCCCUCCCCCACUCACAAGGAGCCCCGUGAUGAUUUCUGUGAAAUUGAGGCCCCUUGAUUGUUUCUGUGAAACACCCUGGACCCCUCUUCCUUUCCCUGCUGGGAUUUUUUAGGGUCUCCUCCCUAACUCAGCUCUUCAUCUUCACACUGGAGCCCCAGAUGUAAUCCCAUUUAUGGUACUUGGGACACCCUCAAACAGCUCCCAAAACCACCCCAGUCAAAUUCCUAAGAUGGCCCCCAACUCUCCCCAGGACCCUCACCCUUCAGGUCCUAACCCCCGCGGCAUAGGAAGGACCCUCUGUGAUUAGAGUCCUCUAGGUCCUACUGCUUUCUGAUUCAGAACUCAACUGGGCCCUUGUCCCAGACCUUCACAUUCCCAAUGAGUCCCUCCCCUGAUCUGAGGGUCCCUGAAACUCUAUUAAAAUCAAUUUGGACUAGAGAUGCCAUUGCCUGAUCUCUGGGAGUAUUGGCGCAGGGGAGUGGCUGUGGUGCCUGGCCAAGGGGUCAUGUUUGGGUGGCAUCUUAGACUGGAUUCUCUAGAGAAGCCAAACCCAGGAAGCAUAUGUGUGUAUAUAUAUAUAUAUAUAUACACACAUAUAUAGGGAGAGAGAGAGAAAGAGAUUUAUCUCAAGAAAAUGGCUUACACAGUGUAGAGGGUGGCAAGUCCCAAGUCCGUGGGUGAGGCAUCAGGCUGGAGGCUUCUCCUGUCUCAUGUAGCUGCAGGGGCUGACGAAUCCAAGAUGAGCAGGUAGGAUGGCAGACUGCUGGCUCAAGUCCCAGGAGCUGGAGGUCAGAUGAUGAGCUGGACGCAGGACCCAGAGCGAGCUUUACCAGAACGUCCAUAGGUAUUGGAUGCAGGCCACACCCCCCAAGGAAACUCCCCUUACAACUGAUUGAUCUCAUCAGGUCACGUAGUGAAGGUGAUUGGUUACAUUCUAUCAUCAAACGGAGGAUAACUACCAAAUUACAUCAUUACACAACUGCCAAACCACUGAGAAUCAUGGCCCAGCCAAGGUGACACACAACUUGGCAGACACUGGGUGCCAAGUCCGUACUCCUCACCCUUACCUUUUGACGCAUGGUGGCCUGACUCCAGUACUAACAUCUGAAACUUUGCCCACGGGCAUUCUCGGACCAUUGAUGCUGGCUCUGCCCUGGAUAUGAGUGCGGUAGGCCGUAAGUGCCAGGGAGUUCAUGCCUGCUUCCCACUCCAGCAGCCCUCAACCAGUGAUUGAUACGAAAUGAAUACCCCAGGUCCCUCACCUCAUGGGUGGGAUAAGUUGGAAGGGUAUGCUGUACACUGUCACUGGUUUCCCCAGCAGAAUUAAGCUCCAGCUGCCCACAGUGAUUUUGGCUUGAUAGUGAGCCAUUUACUGGCUGCUUUCCCUUCUAGGUUUCCCUUGCCCUCAAAUCCUUGCCUCAGCAGCCUGCUUCUGGAGAAACCCAAACUAAACUGAAGGGCCUCUACAAUGCCCUCCUCAAAUCCCUGCCCCACUCCAUUACUAACCUAAUCGAAGAAUUCCCACCCCAGAAAACCCUCUGACCUAUGAUAGCUCUCACUGCGUAGUGCCUCUAAUGGACAACAAAGCAAGUGUGUAUCAGCACUCUUCAGGACAUACACCAGUGUUCCCAGCGCAAAACUGAGUGGCUUAAAACAAUUGCCACUUAUUUGCUUGUAAUUCUGCAGUCUGGGCUGGGCUUAACUGGGCACUUCUGCUAUCUUGCUUUGGUCACUUGUGCGGCUGCAGUCACCUGAGGGCUUGGCUGGGAAUCCAAGUCAAGCUCAAGUGUCCGGUCUCAGCUGGGAGCCCUGGUGGUGCAGUGGGUAAGGGCUACAGCUGCUAACUAGAAGGUCAGCAACUUGAAGCCACCAGCCACUCCCUGGAAAUCCUAAAGUUCUACUCUGUCUUGUAGGGUCACUAUGAGUUAGAAUCAACUUGAUGGAAACGGGUUUGGUUUUUGUUCUUGGUCUCAGGUGAGAUGGCUGGAACUCUGGGAGCAGGCUGACCAUCUCUCCACAUGGUCUCUCCAGGGAAGCAGCUGAUCUCUACACGGUGGCUCAAGGGUUCCAAGCGAACAAGCCCCAGCUUGCACCAUGCUUACUGAUAUCCCAUUACCCAUAGUCAGUCUUGUAGCUGAGCUGAGAAGUCAGCAUGGGAGACACUACACAAAGACCUAAUACUGGGAGGCGGGAGACAGAGUUCAUCGGGGCUGUGGGUGUAAGUCUCCCACAUCUGCUGCCCUGAACCAGCAUACAGCUGCUCAUGUAUAUUCACGUGGUGAUGAAUUCCCCCACGUGUCUGUGAGUUUGUCCUACUGUGGGGGCUUGUGUGUUGCUGUGAUGCUGGAAGCUGUGCCACUGGUGUUCAGAUACCAGCAGGGUCCCCCUUGGAGGACAGGUUUCAGCUGAGCUUCCAGACUUAGACAGACUAGGAAGAAGGACCCAGCAGUCUACUUCUGAAAAUCAUUAGCCAGUGAAAACCUUAUGAAUAGCAGUGGAACACUGUCUGAUAUAGUGCUGGAAGAUGAGCCCCCCAGGUUGGAAGGCACUCAAAAGAUGACUGGGGAAGAGCUGCCUCCUCUAAGUAGAGUCGACCUUAAUGACGUGGAUGGAGUCAGGCUUUCGGGACCUUCAUUUGCUGAUGUGGCAAGACCCAAAAUGAGAAGAAACAGCUGCAAACAACCAUUAAUAAUUGGAACCUGCAAUGUACGAAGUGUGUAUCUAGGAAAAUUGGAAAUUGUCAAAAAUUAAAUGGAAUGCAUAAGCAUCGAUAUCCUAGGCAUUAGUGAGCAGAAAUGGACUGGUAUUGGCCAAUUUGAAUCAGACAAUCAUACAGCCAACUAUGCUGGGAAUGACAACUUGAAGAGGAAUGGUGUUGCAUUCAUCAUCAAAAAGAACGUUUCAAGAUCUAUCCUGAAGUACAACACUGUCAGUGAUAGGAUAAUAUCCAUACGCCUACAAGGAAGACCAGUUAAUACGACUAUUAUUCAAAUAUACGCACCAACCACUAAGGCCAAAGAUGAAGAAACUGAAGAGUUUUGUCAGCUUCUGCAGUCUGAAAUUGAUCGAACAUGCAAUCAGGAUGCAUUGAUAAUUACUGAUGACUGAAAUGAGAAAGUUGGAAACAAAGAAGGACCGGUAGUUGGAAAAUAUGGGCUUGGUGAUAGAAACAAUGCCAGAGAUCGAAUGACAGGAUUUUGCAAGACCAGCGACUUCUUCACUGCAAAUACCUUUUUUCACCAACAUGAUUGGUGACUAUACACAUGAACCUCGCCAGAUGGAACACACAGGAAUCAAAUCAACUACAUCUGCGGAAAGAGACAAUGGAAAAGCUCAAUAUCGUCAGUCAGAACAAGGCCAGGGGCUGACUGUGGAGCACACCAUCAAUCGCUCAUAUACAAUUUCAAGCUGAAACUGAAGAAAAUCAGAGCAAGUCCACGCGAGCCAAAAUAUGACUUUGAGUAUAUCUCACCUGAAUUUACAGACCAUCUUAAAAAUAGAUUUGACACGUUGAACACUAAUGACCAAAGACCAGACAAGUUGUGGAAUGACAUCAAGGACAUCGCACAUGAAGAAAGCAAGAGGUCACUGAAAAGACAGGAAAGAAAGAAAAGACCAAGAUGGAUGUCAGAGGAGACUCUGAAAAUUGCUCUUGAAGGUCGAGUGGAAAAGCAAAAGAAAGAAAUGAUGAGAUAAAAGAACUGAACAGAACAUUUCAAAGGACAGCUGGAGAAGACUAAGUAAAGUAUUAUAGUGACAUGUGCAAAGAGCUAGAGACAGAAAACCAAAAGCAAAGAACAUGCUUGGCGUUUCUCGAGCUAAAAAAACUGAAGAAAAAAUUCGAGGCUCGAGUUGCAAUAGUGAGGGAUUCUAUGGGGAAAGUAUUAAAUGAUGCAGGAAGCAUCAAAAGAAGAUGGAAGGAAUACACAGAGUCAUUACACAAAAAAGAAUUAGUGGACAUUCAAACAUUUCAAGAGGUAGCAUAUGACCAGGAACCGAUGGUACUGAAGGAAGAAGUCCAAGCUGCUCUGAAGGCAUUGGUGAAAAUCAAGGCUCCAGGAACUGAUGGAAUAUCAAAUGCGAUGUUUCAACAAACAGAUGCAGCACUGGAAGUGCUCACUCGCCUAUGCUAAGAAAUUUGGAAGAGAGCUACCUGGUCAACUGACUGGAAGAGAUCCAUAUUUAUGUCUAUUCCCAAGAAAGGUGAUCCAGCCAAGAGCAGAAAUUAUCGAACAAUAUCAUUAAUACCACACACAAGCAAAAUUUUGCUGAAGAUCAUUCAAAAGUGGCUGCAGCAGUACAUCGACAGGGAACUGCCAGAAAUUCAGGCUGGCUUCAGAAGAGGACGUGGAACCAGGGAUAUCAUUGCUGAUGCCAGAUGGAUCCUGGCUGAAAGCAGAGAAUACCAGAAGAGUGUUUACCAGUGUUCUAUUGACUAUGCAAAGGCAUUGGACUGUGUGGAUCAUGACAAAUUAUGGAUAAGAUUGCAAAGAAUGGGAAUUCCAGAACACUUAAUUGUGCUCAUGAGGAACCUUUACGUAGAUCAAGAGGCAGUUGUCUGACAGAACAAGGGGGUACUGAGUGGUUUAAAGUCAGGAAAAGUGUGCGUCGGGGUUGUAUCCUUUCACCAUACCUAUUCAAUCUGUAUGCUGAGCAAAAAAUCCGAGAAGCUGGACUAUAUGAAGAAGAAUGGGGCAUUAGGAUUGGAAGAAGACUCAAUAACAAUCUGCAUUAUGCAGAUGACAUUAUUGCUUGGUGAAAGCGAAGAGGACUUGAAGCACUUACUAAUGAAGAUCAAAGACCACAGCCUUCAGUAUGGAUUACACCUCAACAUAAAGAAAACAAAAAUCCUCACAACUGGACCAAUGAGCAACAUCAUGAUAAACAGAGAAAAGAUUGAAGUUGUCAAGGAUUUCAUUCUACUUGGAUCCACAAUCAACAGCCAUGGAAAUAGCAGUCAAGAAAUCAAAAGACGCAUUGCAUUGGGUAAAUCUGCUGCAAAGGACCUCUUCAAAGUGUUGAAAAGCAAAGAUGUCACCUUGAAGACUAAGGCACACCUGACCCAAGCCAUACUAUUUUCAAUCGCAUCAUAUGCAUGUGAAAGCUGGACAAUGAAUAAGGAAGACCGAAGAAGAAUUGAUGCCUUUGAAUUGUGGUGUUGGCAAAGAGUAUUGAAUAUACCAUGGACUGCCAAAAGAACGAACAAACCUGUCUUGGAAGAAGUACAGCCAGAAUGCUCCUUAGAAGCAAGGAUGGCGAGGCUGCAUCUUACAUACUUCGGACAUGUUGUCAGAAAGGAUUAGUCACUGGAGAAGGAUAUCACGCUUGGUAAAGUACAAGGUCCGUGGAAAAGAUGAAGACGCUCAGCAAGAUGGAUUGACACCGUGGCUGGAACAACAGGCUCAAGCACAGCAGUGAUUGUGAGGAUGGUGCAGGACGGGGCAGCCUUACUGCGGUACACGGGGUCGCUAUGAUUUGGAGCAGCCUUGACGGCACCCAACAACAACAGUGAUGAAUUCAUAGGUACGUGCUACAUUUCACUGAUUCUAAAAAAAAAAAAUUUUUUUUCCUAAGGAGGGACUAACUGGGAUUCCUCUUACAGCCGACUGUCUGCGUUUGUUUCCCCAUCCGGACCUUAUCGAUUAAAAUGUUUGCAGUCCUGGUGGCCUGGUGGUUAAGAGUUCAGCUGGUAACUAGAAAUGUCGGCAGUUUCAACCCACCAGCCCCUCCUUGGAAGCCCCGUGGGGCAGCUCUACUCUGUCCUGUAGGGCUGCUAGGAGUCGGAAUCGACUUGACGGCAACAGGGAUGUUUUUGGUGGUAUACGAAAUAACGAUAUAGAAUAAUGAGGACGGCAAAGUACAGGGCAAUGUCUCCUUCUGCUGUGCACAGGGUCACUAUGAACUGACUCGAUGGCACCUAACAACAACAUAAAUGGGGGUAGAUCUUAUCACCGAUGGCAUCUGAAAUUCUGUUGAAAUGUAAGAUGUGUAUCCUGACGUGUCAACACCCACACACACACACACACAGAGCACUAAUAUGAUGGAAUGUUCCUAAGAAAAUCUGCAUUAUUAAAAAAACUAACAAAAUGCAUUUCAAUGGGAAAAGAAGGAUGGUUUAGGGGCACAAUAGCAUCAAACGAGCAAUAGCAAAAUUGUUUUUCCUUCUGGAAUUUCAACACUAACGGUAUUUUUUUAAAACAAAGUUACUCUAAGAAUUGCUAUUAAAAUGUCCGCAUGAUUAAGGACUAUCACCUGAGCAUAUGAGCAAAAUGGGCAUUCAUUCCCCUUCUCACCUGCUUGGAUUUCGUUACCCAUUGUUGGUCUCUGAAUCACUCUUGGUCGUGAAAGCGCACAAAAGCAGAUUUUCCCUCUGCCUGUGGUGCUAGUGACAGAUUUCCGCAAGGGUGGUCCUGGUAUAACUGAAGUUAUAACCAGUAUCAGAAUGAUAGUGCAAACUGGGUUGGCUAAUGAAGCUGCGACAUUAUAUUCAAGUUGCAUCAUGAAGGCACAUUCCUCCUAACACCCACCUGGUGUAUAUUUAAUAUACGUGGACUGUAUUUGCAUUUUCAUAUUAUGAAAAACCACAGUAAGCUCAUUAUGUCCUUUGGGAGAAUUAGAUGCUUCUUCCACAAGUCAUCUGUCAGAAAACCGUGCAGUACACUGAUGAAGCCAGAACAUAGCACUUUACUGCCAUCUGCUGAGAAGGUGUGGUAAAAAAAUGCAUAUCUACCUUAUCUAGUCAAAGAAUAUAGUCCUCAGUACAGAUUACACCUCAACAUAAAACAAAAAUCCUCACAACUGGACCAGUAAGUGACAUCAUGAUAAACAGAGAAAAGACUAAAGCUGUCAAGGGUUUCAUUUUACUUGGAUCCACAAUCAAUGCCCAGGAAAGCAGCAGUCAUGAAAUCAAACGACUCAUCCUAUUGGGCAAAUCUGCUGCAAAAGAUCUCUUGAAAGUGUUGAAAAGCAAAGAUGUCACUUUGAAGACUAAGGUGUGCCUGAUCCAUGCCAUGGUAUUUUCAAUUGCCUCAUAUGCAUGUGAAAGCUGGAUAAUGAAUAAAGACAGAAGAAUUGAUGCCUUUGAAUUAUGGUGUUGAUGAAGAAUAUUGAAUACACCAUGGACUGCCAGAAGAACAAACAAGUAUGUCUUGGAAGAAGUACAGCCAGAGUGUGUUCCUUGGAAGUGAGGAUGGUGAGACUAUGUCUCACAGACUUCGGACAUGUCAUCAGGAGGGACCAGCCACUGGAGAAAGACAUCAUGCUUGGUAAAAUAGAGAAUCAGUGAGAAAGAGGAAGACCCUUGACCAGAUGGAUUGACACUGUGGCUGCAACAAUGGGCUCAAACAUAGCAACAAUUGUGAGGAUGGUGCAGGACCAGGCAGUAUUUCAUUCUGUUGUGCACAGUGUUGCUGUGAGUUGGAACCAACUCGACAGCACCUAACAAGACUGUAUAUAGGAGGUGACUGUUGUCAACUAGAGGUUUGCGGUGCAUGGGAACACCACACGGGGCAGCCUUGAAUUAGUAGCCAGAGGGUUAGCAGGAUAGCCAAGAGCAGAGAUGCUAAGGCCAGGCUGCCUAGGUUGAAUCCCCAGCUCUGGCCCUUCUAGAUGUUGACCUUGGGCACAUGAAAUAACUUUUCUGUGUCUCCAUUUCCUAAUUUAUAACUGGAGAGAGUAACUGCCUUAUGGUGUAGAAGUGAAGAUUAAAUAUUCCAAUACAUGUAAAGCACUAAAAGCAAUGCUUGGCGCAGGGUGACCGUCAUACGAACGUUUUCUACCAUAUUAUUUUAAAAUUUAUUUAACAAGUACUUUCUCAGUGGCAGGCACAGUUCUAACAUUUCCACAAAGAUUAACCCCUUUAAGUCUCCUAGCUACAAUUUUAAAAACCAAAACCAAACCCGUCGCCUACCAAUCCGUUUCGACUCAUAGCGAUGCUAUAGGGCAGAGUAGAAAGGCGCCGUAGGGUUUUCAAGGAGCAGCUAGUGGAUUCAGACUGCCGACCUUUUUGGUUAGCAACCGAACGCUUAACCACUCCACCAUCAGGGCUCCAACUACACUUUUGGGACAGGCAUAUGUAGGGGGCUAAAGCCAACACAUCACAAAAGGGGAUCGGUGAGGACGUAAGUUCCACUGAGCGUUUGCAAACAUCACAUCGGGGACAUGCGACUGGGAUUCUCACCUCCCUAAGAAGCGAUGAAGGCUUUUGGGAAUGUGAAGGGCCGUUUGAGAUUCCUGUCUCUCAUCGGGCUUGAAUGUCGGGGGUGAAUGCUGUGUGUGAGUGUGGUAGAGGGCAAGGAAAACUUGCCAGAGGCCAGCCUUCUCAGGUCUCACCCUGGGAACCAGCGGACAGAUACCUAACAGGAGCGGCUCAUUCAGCACCGCGGAAAGCUCCUGGUUGGCGUCGGUUGGGGAUCCAAGAUCUCUGAGUUCCGCCUCCUGCCCGCCUGCCCAGGCCAUCCCGCAGGCCCCGCCCAGAUUGGAAGAUCCCUCAUCCAGCUUAAAAAGGUGAAGGAGGCCUGGGCAGGAAUGGACACCAGUACCUAGAGCUGUGAUUACACCCUGAUUCCCCCACAAAGACACAGGGUGGCCUGCUAGGGAA